GUCACUAAUGUCACUUUCUUGCAAGUCGGCAAGACGCGAAUUACAAAGCAAAAUAUCAAUUUUGAGGUUGUUUUUUAGAUAUUUCAGUUUGAAUUAAAUUAUUAAAGAAACUGCAAAUAAAGUAAUACAGUAAAAAUGUCUUCUAGAUACGAUAGAGCGAUUACCGUAUUUUCUCCUGACGGCCACUUAUUGCAAGUGGAGUAUGCACAAGAGGCAGUAAGAAAAGGAUCAACAGCAGUGGGUGUCAGAGGUGCGAAUGCAGUAGUUUUAGGUGUAGAGAAAAAGUCAGUAGCUAAGUUACAAGAGGAGAGAACGGUGAGGAAAAUUUGCCUUUUGGAUGAGCAUGUUGUGAUGGCCUUUGCUGGCCUCACCGCAGACGCUAGAAUCCUAAUUAACAGGGCACAAAUCGAAUGCCAGAGCCAUAAACUGACAGUGGAAGAUCCUGUCACUUUGGAAUAUAUUACACGGUAUAUUGCGAGUCUAAAGCAAAAAUACACCCAAAGCAACGGUAGGAGACCUUUUGGAAUAUCAUGCCUAAUUGGUGGUUUUGACUAUGAUGGCACCCCCCAUUUAUACCAAACCGAACCCUCUGGCAUUUAUUACGAAUGGAAAGCUAACGCGACUGGUCGAUCCGCUAAAACGGUCAGAGAAUUUCUAGAAAAAUAUUACACGACCGAGGAGGUAUCUAGCGAGAGAGGCACAAUAAAAUUAGCAAUUCGCGCUUUGCUGGAAGUGGUGCAGUCAGGACAAAAGAAUCUAGAAAUUGCUGUUAUGAGACAUGGUGAACCAAUGCAGAUGCUAGAUGGGGACAGCAUUGAGCAAUAUGUGACGGAAAUUGAGAAAGAGAAGGAGGAAGAAGCCGAGAAGAAGAAGGCUAAAAAAUAAAUUGUUUGGUUUGUAAGUUAUUGUACUAAUAAUUUUUUGGUUAAGUUGUCACUUUUUCCAUAUUAAGCAAAAUUAAACUGAUAUCUUAUAUA